AGCAGAGACGGCUAAUAACCCCUGCCCAGCUGAAUUAGCCACGUCAUUACGUUGGCAGUUUGUUUCUGAGUGCGGUCCGGAGCCGCCGCGCGGUCGGCUCGUAGACCUCUGUUUACAGAAUCUCGGUUAGUCUGAUUAUCACUAGCGUGAAUUAUACACACUGGGCUGUGUCGGAUGGCUCCGUGGCCAGCCCACCUCAGCUGGGAGAGAGGGAGAGAGGAAGGAGAAAGGAGGGAAUAUGAGAGAGGAAAACGGUAGCGGAUUGAAUGCAUCUCGCGGAGAAUGAAAAUAAGGAGAUGGGGCAGGGUGUCGGGAUUGUGCAAUAGAGGAAAGGCAAGGGAUUGCAGUUGGCUGGGGACAUACACUGGAGCUGGCCUCAAUUUACCCUCAGCCUCCCACCCCACCCCUCUCCACCGCGCCCGUCCCGCGCGCCUGGCGAGCGCGGCCGUCGGCGGCGGCGCUCCUGUUGUUGCGUCGCCAGCGACGCCGCGGCCGUUGCGCCGACGACGCGUCGGCGUUGGCGGCGGCGGCGGUCAGGUGGCGCGCGGCGGCCAGUGGCAGGUGGGCCGUCGGCUCGGUGGUGUCGCCAUGGCCUGUCGGCCACGGCCAUGUACGUGAUCUUCCCAGUGGAGGUCCUACUUGACGUGCCCGCCCAACCACCGUCGGCGCCCGCCGCGCUCCGCUCGCAGUCCGUGCCGCCCGUGCCGCUCGCGCAGUCCGAGCAGUGUGAGCCACCCGUGCAGUCCGUGACGACUGACCAGUCCGUGCCGCCGGAGCGAGUGUCGUCAGAGAGAGCUCCUGUCACUGCUAGUGACCCGCCGCCACCGCCGCCUCCACCGCGCACUCGGGAGCCAGCAGCCAUGGCUGGAGAGAGCGGGGCACUGAGGGACAUCUCACCAGCGGCCGCUGACCUGCUCAGGACCUACAGUGGUGUCAGCUUCAAACUGGUGAAGGCAGUGUCUGAUUUCUCUCAGCAACUUUCGCAAAUUAACGAGCAGCAUGCCGAAAAACUGCAGCUGCUCGUGGAAACGUACCGCAAGCGCAACUCGGAGCUCCGCAACGAACGACCACCGUGCAGCAGCUCACUGUUCCAGACCUGGGAGUCGCUUCUCCAAGAGGUCGAGUCCGACAGUCAGAUGCACGCCGACAUAGCCACUGUCUACGGGCGUCAGGUUUCACGAGCUAUUGUCGAGAAGUCUUUCCAUAGAAAAAUACAGAGCAAGAAAAUAUUCAUGCAUAAGGAAAGCUACGAGGCAAUCCUAUUGAAAACGGACGAAAUGCUUCAGAAGUGUCACCGGGUGUACUCGGACGCCUACCGGUCUCACGUCUCCUCUCCGAGUAACGCCACGCUGGCCGCCUAUUUCGACGCCCACAACGCCUACGUACAGCAGCUGCACGCCGCUAACGCCAUGGUCAGCGAGUUCAACGGCUCCACGCACCCCCAGCUCCUGCAGGAGCUGGAGGAGGUACAGAGUGACGUCACCUCCAUAAUCGCAGACAGCCUCCUGCUGGCCGCCGACCUCGUCACCUGCAAGACGGUGGAGCGCAGCCGGAGGUACGAGUCUCUCUGCACUCUGGCCCGCGGCGUCAGCUCGCGUGCCGACGUCACAGCCCUGUUGCGGCACGCGGAGCUUGUGCCUGCGGCCUCCUCUGUCAACGGCCGGCCAGCCCUCACCCCUUUCGUGCCGCCCAAACCUCCGGCCGACUCGAAACUGGGCGCAGUUCAGGACGGCCCGGCGGCAGUGACCCAGCUUAGAGACGAGCUGGUACUCGACCGUCUGGCCUCGCUGUCGCUGCACAGCCGCUACGGAGCCCUGCAGCGAGAGGCCGUCGAGCUGGACACCAAGAUACGCCAGCUGCAGGACUGCGUCGACAGCUUGGUGCGCCUUCAGCAGAGGAGCUUGGAAUCAAAUCUUUUCAACAAGAGUAACGAGCUUCAGGAAGAAAUCAGCUCCAAAAGGCUUGAUCUACAAGUGGCUCAGAUCCAUUACGCAGCUGUGAAAGCUCAGCGUGACCUGUUUGCAAGCAAGGUCGAGACUGCGGACGGAGGUCGGGAGCGACGGACCAGCAGCAGCGAGCGGGCAGGCAUGAAGACCAAGUGGUUGAAGGCUUUCAAAUCGCUGAAGUCGUCAGGCUUCAAUAAGGACAGUGGACAAGACAGGCGGAAUGGUCGUGAGGGCAGGGAGGGCAGUCGGCCGCCGGACGGCCCCGCGGCCUCCAGUCUUCCUGUCGGCGCUCACUGGUUCCAGGAGUACACCUACAAGAAGAUUACCGCUUGUGACGCGUGCAACCAGAUACUGCGCGGUCACACUCGUCAGGGCCUGAAAUGCCGCCUCUGCAAGAUGAACGUGCACGGCGACUGUCAGACCAACGUGCCGCGCUGCCAGCCCAAGUCGCGGCUGCUGCGACGGCAAAAGUCCACCUCCGAGCUCGAGACGCGCUUCAUCGAGGGCGCAGAAGACCCCAAGCACGACGCGGAUCCCAACUACCUUCCACUGAGCAGGCCAACGGACCCCGCCGGGUUCCGAACCAGCAACCAUGGCUCCGCCAACGACCUCCAGGCGUCAUCCACUUCGUCAUCAUCUCAGCUGUCCCGGCGACAGGGCUCGACGCCCCGGACGCUGAACCCGCCGCCUGCCUCACUGGGCAGGGGCGCCUCCUCCUCUUCAGCCCGCACCUAUCGGAUGUCGGCGAUCGCGCUCAGCCUGGUGGCGCUGGAGCGCGCGCAGCGCCGCUCGCGCGCCGCCAAGCCGGCCUCCAUGUCGCUGGACCAGGUCGAUGACCUGACCCGGGCCAAGCUCGGCAGGCGUCUGGUGGCCUACUCGGAGCCGUGCACCCGAUCCACCAGUCCGGCCAUCGGUCACGCUCCGUCAAGUCCCGUACACAACCGUCGGCUGCUGUCGGCGCGGACAAUGCGAAUGUCCUCACUCGACCUUCCCGAUGAGAAUGAAAAGUCGCAGAGCUCAGCGUCCACCUCGCCCUGCCCGUCACCGCAAAAGCCGCACCGCCUGCUACCCACCAGUCUGUACGUGGUGCUGUAUAACUUCGCCUCGAGACAUCAGGACGAACUGGAUCUCAAAGCUGGCUACAAGCUGACUGUGAUGGAUACCUCUGAUCCGGACUGGUGGAAGGGCAAGUGUCUGGGCAAGGUGGGCUUCUUUCCGUCCAAGUACAUCACGAAGCUGCAGGCGGGGGAGCGGCCGCUCCAGGUCACCCACAAUCUGCAGGUCACCGACGGACAGGACGGCAUGAGGCUGCUGCGAGACCAGAUCGUCAUACAGAUUGGCGAGGAGGUGGACGGGAUGAUAAUGAUUCGCGACGGCGAGAACCGCCAGGGCGCCUGUCCGCUCAAAUAUCUCACCGAGGUGUGACGGUCGCACGGUCCGGCGGCGGCCGGCCGCCAUUUGUACUCUGACAGUGUCCGUGUGUGUUGGGGAAGUUGCGACUUACGGUGGCGAGGCGCCGCGGCCCGGUACGCCGUCGAUGUUUGACGGGGGCGACCCGCUGCCCCGGCGGAGCGCGGACGGCGCACCUUCUCUGACCCACCCCCGCCCCCUCCCCGAGCACCUGUGAUGGCCCGACUGGCUGCCGACAGCCGCUGGGAUACCGACUGCCUGUCAGUCGAACACACACACACAUACAAUAUACACACAUACUCACACCUAUGAUUUGCUCCGGCGCGCCGCGGGGCGGACACUGCUGGCAACAGUGGGUGUAAUCGUCUGUGACGACUCCAGAUCAUACCAGGCCAGGCCGCCACUGGGGCCUGGUGUGGACAAAUCCGUGUCGAGUGCGGCGUGAGACAGUGUUAUAUGUGUUCUGUUGGCUCACAGUCGCUGUUCUCCCUUCUUGGGAGGCGUCUGAAUCUCGCCAUGACUUUGGUUUGGUCGCCGAUACCGGCGAGACGAUCGUCGGAACACGUCUCCCGUGGCAGACGAGGGCGGCGAAGCGGAGACAAAUCUGACGCAUCAGUGUGACGCGAACGGCGAGACUGUGACGUUUGCGGCGCGACUGUGACCAUUGCGGCGUACUGCGCCGGCGUGUUGCCCGGGGACGGUUCCUCUCCGGUUUGUAACGCCGGCUCAACGCUGACUAGGAAAAUACUGGCACUCAUACGUGUUUGCACCAUAACUGAAUCCAACAGAGACAUAAGUUUGCCUUCUAGCCUAUGACAGCGCCUCGUUUUACGUGUGCGUCCGAGUCUCUGCGCUGCACCGUUUCUUUGACCGUAAGCCUGCGUUGAAGAGAGAUGUCCCCAUAUAGCUGCUGUCGCGGCGAGAAUCAUCGUUUGAUCGUCGUAGUCAUUC